GAUAUCCUUAUCAAGCCGGAGAUGGCGGUCAAAGGUGUGACAAGUGAUGAGAUGUCGCUGUGUUCAAACGGCAGCGCCGCCCGCGCCAGGGAACAGCUCGCGAUGGCUUGUUCCGUGGUGCUCGAGCGCCUCCGCGACGACGCGACUGUUCACAGUGCAGGCAAACCAUACGGUUGCGAACAUUGUGGCAAACGUUUCAGAAACAAGUAUAUGUUAAGAAAACACAUUCAACACACCCACUCCUCGGUCGAGUCGAAACAAUUUACUUGUGAUGCUUGUAGUUCUACAUUCCGAACAGAAUUGUUGGUAUUAAAGCACGAAAACAGCGAACACGGUUUUACGAAUUUCAUGUGUGCUGAAUGUGAAUAUACGACGAUUGACAAGAGAAAUUUGGAAGCUCAUUUUAAAACUCAUACUGUAGACAACAUUUUUAAUUGUACUCUCUGCAGUUACAAAAGUAAGUUCAAAGGUAAUUUACGCAGACACCAAGCGGUACACACUGGUGACCAGAAGAGACACAACCGAACACACCAGAGGAUGGAGACACACACUGGAGAGAAACCUUUUCAUCAGUGUAGUUACUGCGAUUACAAAUGUCGUUAUAAAUGUCGCCUGCAAUAUCACCUAAGAAAACACACUGGCGAGAAACCUUACACAUGUAAGUACUGUGAUUACAAAUUCAGUCACAAAUCAAGUUUAGAAAAACACCUGAUGACACAUAGUGGGUCGAAGCCAUUUAAGUGUAGCGAGUGCGACUACAGCUGCAGGUUGAAACAAUACUUACUAACACACCAGAGGAUACACACUGGCGAGAAGCCGUACACGUGUAAUCAUUGCGACUACAAGUGCAGAGAUAGGUCUACCUUACGAUAUCACGAAACGACACAUACCGGCGUGAAGCGUUUUCAGUGUAGACAGUGUAAUCACAAAUUUAGUCUGAAAUCACAUUUAAAACGACACCAGAUGAUACACGAUGGGGCAAAGCCGUUUAAAUGUAGCAAUUGCGAGUACAGGUGCAGGCGAAACGAAGAGUUGCUUAGGCAUCAGAAAAGAUGCCAUUAAGUGGAAUAUGACCAGUGGGGAGACACACCUGACUUCGGGCAAACUCGGCUCCGUUCGGCUCAUCAUUGCUCCGAGCAAUUAUCAGGGUUGGCACCAGUUGACGUCCCUUUGCGUGCACGACCACAUAUAAGAUAAUGGCUUGAAUUUUGACAACCCUAAAUUGCCGAAAGGGAUAGUACCAUACAUUAAAAGGGAUAGCAUGAAUCGCUGUCAAACUUCGGUUCAAAUGCCCGCCUCGGCUUUUAACAGUUGCACGGAUCCGGAGUCGACUGCGAAGGGCCACGCCUACCCUAAAAUGCGCACUAACAAACACUCAUUCUGCUAAUUAAGUUUUAUCGGGUCUCUAUUUUUUCCCAUAAAGUUUUAAGACGUAAUGUAUUGUUUUCGUUAGUCAUAAUUUGUUUUUUCACAGAAACGUGUAACUUUUCAGGAUUGCUAUAAAACAAAACUUACCUAACAUCUAUAAUUAUUCUUAAAAUCCUGAAUAGUUAACGGUUUCAGAAUUAUUAUAUUAUAUUACUAAUGAUAAUAUGACAAUCAUUACAUUAUGACUUUCAAUAAUUAUGUCCAACAAAGGGACCCCAGUUUAUCA